GGGAUAUGCUUGGCAUUUGGCAAACGCAACGUCUCGCAGUAGAACCUCCGAUGUUAUCCACUGCUAGGUCAAUUAACUCGUAUCGGCAGGCUCGGAACUCCCCUGUGAUCCCGCCAUAUCUGGUCAUGGUGUCUACCACCACCGGGUCGCUUGUAUGUAUGAGGUAGUAGCUACACGCUUCUCAGCCCCAGAUUCUUCUCUGGGAGCACAUUGCGCCGAUUCGAUUGACGGCCUUCUAGCGAUGCCAAGCCCUGGACUUAUAUAACUAACUACCCUCUUGAGACCAAUGUGUAAUUCCUCGUCUCUUUCCCUCAGUCAUAUUCCAUAUUGCCCACUAUUUCCUAUUGCCAUCAUGUCCGCUGAACCAGCCUCCCGUAAGAAGAGGGCCUCGGCCGACUCCACAAAACGCUCUCCUGAAGAUGACCAUCGUCGUAAACGUCGGAAUCGCAUGACGCAGUCAUGUUUAAACUGUCACACCUCUAAACGAAUGUGUGACCGCAAGCGACCCUGCGGACGUUGCACACAAUUGGGUUUGACGGGCCUCUGCGUCUACGAAGUCGACGAUCCCAAUCAACGAAACGAUGUCCCAGACGAACAGGUACGGCUCCAAAAGCGCGUUGCAGAACUCGAAAGUGUGAUCAGAGAGUUGAAGAACAAACCGCAUCCGCGAUGGGCACAGAGCACAUCGGCAGGAUGCGAUGGAGAUGCAAAACAAUCGACCCCUUCAAUCACAGUACAGAUUGCCAAUGACGAUAGCGCAAUGCGCCCAGGGUCGUCAGGCGGUUCCUCUCCUAUCAUUGAACUCUAUCGUCUCAAUGAUUCGACAUCCCACUUGUCUCCUCCACACAACCCCUUGUCUUCUCCUUCCUCUUCCCGUUCUUCUGGAAAUAGCCCGUCUCCUAUUAACACGCCUCCUUCGCCGCUCGCUUUGACCCCUAUAGACGGUCGCCCUCAGCAUAUGCUUAGUUCCAUCCCCCAUGGCUGCGACCUUUCUUCCCUUUUAUCGCCAUACUUCUCUGAUACCCCCGGUCUCAAUGGCAUCUUAGAUGGACUCAUUGGAUGCGAUGGAACCCCGCUUUCUGAGCCUUGUUUUAACGAUCAACAUGGCCAGGCGGGCGGUCAUUGUGGUUGUCUGCAUGACUCUAAGAGUUAUAGCGUUGUGCUCGAACUAUCUGUCCGCCUUCGUCGGGCUGCAGAUAUCCUCGCAAGUUCACCGAAGCAUACACAUGGCUCCACUGAAUGCUCUAUGCAUCAACGAAUAUCUGCACUUGAUAAAUUCACCACUGAGAUCCUUUCUAACAUCAGCACGCCUUCGACGUCUUUCCCCACGUUCACAUCCCACCAAUUGCCAAUGUCUACAAUGUCGACUGGGCCUUAUUCCCAAUCACGCUCAGGGAAUAGUAUGGCCUUGGAGCCCACAGUCUCCCCUCAGUCCUUGCAUGGUGUUCGACCAUGGGAUUUCAGGGCGCAUUCGAGCUCCUAUCCGUCACCUCCAUCCGAUGAUUCGUUCAUGUCAUGGGAACCAGUAACUCGUCGGCCAGAUUGGUCACAAUCUGGGCGACGGUAGCAGUCGACGUGAAGCUAUAUGCUAUGAGUACAGAGGGGUUAUUAUUGGACAGCUCUAUAUUGUAGCAUUUAGAGUUUAGCGCUCUUGUAUAUCUAACAGUUUCGGCGAAUAAACAAUAUUCAUACGG